CCACCCUGGAGGAGGGACCGGGCUCCGGGCUGCAGACUCACUGGCUCAUGAGCCUCAUGUGGGGUCAGAGGUGAGCCUUCUCCUUUGGAGCUCGGUCAUCCUUCCUCCGUCCGCCGCCGCCGCCGCCGCCGCCUCGCCGCUCCGGUGCCAGCCAUGGGCCUGACCUCAGCACUGGGCAGCCUCCUGCUUUUCCUCGGCCUCCUCGGGACCGGCGCCGGGUUUGUUGGAGAGAACUGCAGCGACUACAAGCUGCAGUUCGAGAGGGUUUUCUCUGUCCCCGGAGACGUGGCGAUGCUGUACACCACCCUGGUCUCUCCGGAGGUCUUCGACUUCACGUCCGUCCCGUAUAACAUCACCUGGUACAGCCAGAGGACGGGCGGCGAGAUGAGCGACCGGCCGGGCGGCGUCCUGGUCCGCGGGGAGGCCCUGUGGUUCCUCAACGUGACGCUGGCCGACGACGGGGAGUACGUCAGCGUGCUGAGAACGCCGUCUCGGUGCUACAUGCAGACCACCAGGCUGGUGGUGGAGCGGCCGGCCGCCGGGGAGUGUGGGAGGCCACGGAAGGCCGAGCAGCCGCUCACCAAAGGAGUGCACGACACCCUGCACUGCCCUCUGAAGAGCUACAUCCAGAAGCUGGACGGCUACAACGUCUCCUCCACCCUCCGCUGGUACAAAGGCUGCGACCCCAUCCAGGACGGCUCGGGCAGCUACGCCUACAGGUCCAAGACCAUCCUGACCAUCAGGGGCGUGGAGUUCCACCACAACGGCUCCUACACGUGCACGCUCUCCUUCACGCUGGCCGGCACGGCGGGGUCCAUGUCGGAGACCGUCGACGGCAUCGUCUCAGACCACCACCUGCUGGUUCCACAGGUGCGUGAGCCGGCCGAUAACGUCCUGAAGGCCCCUUUGGGCCACAGCUUGGAGAAGCGCUGCCUGGUGUUCGUCCCGGGGAAGGGGGCGGCCUUCGUGGACGUCCUGUGGCUGACCAGAGACGACUUCAUCGCCGGCACCGAGCCGUCCGACGGCGUCUACACGUCGGAGCCGCGGUCCUGGACGCAGGACGGUCCUAAGAGCGGGACGUGGAUCGAGCGGAUGUUGAUGUUCUCCGAGCUGAGAGAGGAGGACUUUCACCUCAACUACACCUGUCGGGUGUACAGCUCCCGAGGAUUCCCCGAGGCGUACUUCACUCUGCUGCCAGCAGAUCCAGACGUCAUGCUGCCCGUCGGCCUGGUGCUCGGCGGCGCCAUGCUGCUCUUCGUCUGCUCCGUCGUCGUCUUCUACGCCUUUAAGGUGGACAUCGUGCUGUGCUUCAGGAGGGCGUUUCCCGUCCUCUACCCCAACACAGACUCGGAUGGGAAGCUGUUCGAUGCCUACGUGGCGUACCCACAGCCCCAUGCGCCCGGGUUCAGCCCGGAAGUGGAGGCGUUCGCCCUUCACACGCUGCCUCAGGUGCUGGAGAAGGCCUGUGGCUACAAGCUCUUCAUCGCAGGCCGGGACUGCCUGCCCGGGCAGGCCCUGGUGGAGUCGGUCGAGGAGAACAUCCACGCCAGCCGCCGCGUCCUGCUGCUCUACACCGCCUCCACCUUCUCCUGGAGAGGACAGACGAGCUCCGCCUACAGCAACAACAACAACAACGUCUCCAAGAGCGGCGACGGCGGCCCCGAGUGUGAAAGGCUGAGCGGUGAAGUCGGCCCCGGCCUCCAGAGCGACCCGGCGGAUCUGGACUCCAGGCAGCAGCUGGAGUGCGUGGAGGCGGUGCACCGGGCGCUGGUGGAGAGGUCUCUGCAGGUGGUUCUGGUGGAGCUGGAGGAGCUCAGCCCGGCCCAGCUCGCCCUCCUGCCGGAGUCGCUGCGUCACCUGAGGCGGCGGCAGGGCGCCAUCUGCUGGUGGAGGAACUCCAAGAGGCCGACGUGUCUGAGCGGGCGGGGAGACGGGGUCAAGGGUCUGAAGGAGCUGCAGGCGGCGGCGGCGCUCUCCCCCUCCGCCAGGUUCUGGAAGGACAUCCGGUAUCGGAUGCCCGUCAGAGGCAAGAGGGCGGCGUAUCCCGAGAGAACCGCCCUGCUGACGCUGUGAGAACAGCUCCGCAGUGGACGAGGUGAAUAUCUCCUCUACUCCCGGGGAGCUACGCUGUGCUCACGCUCGUCUUUCACGUUUACUUUCACAUCUCUGGGAGAAGAAAAACGACUUUACACCGCCUGAAAUCAGCUGGUGGAGAAAAAGUGGAUGAUGUUCUCAAAGUCAACGGCAGCAACAGCCGAACAGAUCAGAGCUGAUCUGGACGGAGCGAUGAGUGGAUGGAUGGAAUCUCAACUACUGGUUUUAAAAACAUGGAAUAAAAAUGUGGAAAAAGCGAUUUUAACAAGGUGAGCGUGAAAUAUGAGUCAAACCUUCAGACUCAGCUUCACGUCAGCUUGACUCAGUUUGGAUAAAUGAGGCUGCUGAGAGAAGAGAUGAAGACAUUUGUCUUUUUUAAUGAUUUGUCUGUUGUGCUGUGCCGAGCUGAGGUUUGUAUGACUCUUCUGAUCAAUCAUGAGAUCAAUCACUCUGAACGUCAUGGAUCCUCUCAUGAUCUUCCUCAUGUCAUCAGAUGAGUUCAAACCUUUGACUGCAACUGUGUAUUCGCAAAAUGUACAAAGUGUGUAUAAUUUCAAGUGUAAAUAUGUAAAAUAUACAAAAUCUAAAUCAAGAAGUGUCUAUUAAACAUGCUGCAGUUUGAUUUAUUGGGUUGUUUUCUUGAUUGUCUUUAACGCUGAAUAAUCUCUGAAGCGUUAGUAUCUUGCGGCCCAGCUGGAGGCACUGGAGACGAUCCUGGACGCAUUUUAUUGUGAAAACACCGAAGAACGAGCCGCUCUGUGCCGAUGAUCGUCAUGAAGCUGCUUCGUGUUGUAGAAUCCUGACGAUGUGAGGAGGAACACUGGGACUCUGGCUGUAGUAGCAGCUUCACCCCGUAGAGCUCCAGCCCGAGUCCUGCUGCCCUGCAGCCCCUGAAGCACAUGUUCAGCAAAGACACGGCAGAAAUUAGAAGUCUGUGGCUGCUACACUCAGUUUCUCAGCUCACGGUUCCUCCUUGGUGCAACCUUUUAAAAAGGAAUGGAAUUAAAAAAAAAAAAGAAUCACAGGUUGCCUGUUUAUAACAUACGGUUAAAAAAGAAGAAAUUUAUUUGAUU